UGUAGUCUGCAGUCUGCUGCUGAUUUGAGUAAUAUGCAAAUCUGUUUUGAAUACGCAGGCGAAUAAAUUAAAUCAACUGCAGCAAGGAAAUGCAACGGGGCAGGAUAAACGCCUACGCUUUAAGCCAAAGUGAAACGGGUUAAUUGUGACACAAAGAAAUCGCAGUCUCCACAUAAAUUUAAAAUUAAAAGAAAAAAAGCAGCAGGAGAGGGAGGAGAAAGGAUCGAGGAUGACUCGACAUAAGAGCACGAGUUUCACCUGCCUUAUAUGGGCCAACGUGAAUUUGUCUUGACUGCAGCUUUAACGACGCCAGGCUAUUAAAAAAACGAUCAUUUAAAAGCCAUUACAAAGAAAAAGCGGCCACCGCAAGAAGUUGUGCACGAGCAGAGAGACCUCAAAUAGAAUUACACCAAGCGAAUUACUAUUGCUAUCUAUUACUAAGUAUUUUUUCAGGAGUACUUACGUCGGCUCCUUGGGUAUAUGUGAAGUGUUGGCAUCAAGUUCAUGCCUGCGUCGCUUGGCCGCUGAUCUGGUGUGAUGUGUUUUGGUGAUGCGGGGCCUAUUUAUAAAAGAUGAUGAGAAAGCCAAAGAUAUAAUAACAAAACACCACACAAAUUUGUUAGUACCAUUGAGAGAGAUAUGUGCCCAGGCAUACCCAAUUGUAUUUCAUGGCCUGGCAUGCCGCGAAAUGCGAUGAAUUGCAGUACCGCAUAUCAUACACGGCUUCUACGCGAUCAGUAAGGUUACUCAUGAAUAAACCCGCUCGCACAUUCAUGAGAUCGAGCCAGAAGUUCAAAAGAAAGAUGAACAGACCCAAUCCAAUUCUGCUGUCUGGCAGCUAGGCAGUCCGCAGUCAAAAUACAAUUGGGUAUGCAUAUGCUUAUGCCUUAUGCAUGCAUGUAUUAUAAGCACAAAUCUCUAUGUAUGCAUGUAGUUGUGUCUACUUACGGCGACGGUGCUUCAACUAAGGGUGGCGAUAGAUCGCCAGUAUCGAGCCGUCUCCGUUUGUCUCGUGUGCCGGCUGAGGAUCGAUCCCUCGAGUGAUGGCGUCUCCGUGUUCGUGGCAUCUAUAAGGAAGGCAAAAGCGUAUACAUUAUUUCAACUAUUCAUCAUAUCUACUGAAGUAUAUAUUAUACAAAGUAUUGCAGCUACGUCAUACGCUCGUUUCAACAAAAAAGCAAAGCAAAGCAAAGGUGUUGUAUAUUUUGCUAGAGCCAAAGGCAAAGUUGCUGCCGCUGCCGUUGCCGCCUUUGUAGAAACUCCUUGAAAUCGUGAUUAUCACUAGCGAGGAAUGGACACUGCUGCCGCCGCCGCUGCCGCCGUUGUGGUUGACCUAAGAGCUGAGACCGAACUCAGCAAAUCGAGUGCUAGCAAAUUGCUCAACAAGCCCAAGCCAAAACCGUCUGCCGCCAGCUACGGAGGAGGAGUAGGAGUUGGAGUGGGAGUUGGAAUAGCUAGCAGCCUCAGUUCGGAGCUGGACAUUUCCAAUUGCCUGGGUAGCACUGUGGAAUCCAUGUCCGCCACUCCGCCCACGACGCCGGCUCGUUGUCGCAACGAGUCUGGAGACACAACGGGCAAUAUCGAGGCACUUGCUCACGGCAUAGCCAUGAAUGGGAUCAAGGAGGCAGUCGGCGAGCGAGAAAGAGAGAGUUGUCAUCAGGAGAGUUCACCAUUAAAUUCCACAACAUCAACGUCUUCCACGAACGCUUCCACAACAACGCCAACGUCUGCCUUGCUUACAGCACCAACAACAGCAACACCAACACUAACAUCAACACCGACAGCAACAGGAACAUCAACAUCAACAGCAACAGCACUAGCAAUAACAUCAACAAUAGCAACAGCAACACAAAACACAACUGCGUCGACAGCAACAGUAACUGCAGCAGCAUCGAUGUUGACGACAAGCUCGAGCAGCAAGACAACAUCGAUUGCCAGGCAAGACAACAUCGAUCAGCUGCAGCUGCUGCACUGGCAGGACAUGCCAAAGUAUUUGCAGUUCAAUCCGUACGUUCUCAAGGGAUAUCGGCCACUGCAGACCUUCAAGGGAUGCCUGCUCAGUCUCUUCUACUGGCACAAUGAGACCAUCAACAUACUGACACAUGCCAUACCCAUCUUUUACAUAUUGGCCAUUGUUCCGGGACUUAUGCCAUGGGACAGUGGCUACAAGUUCCUCUCGUUCUGCCAUGUAUUUGGCUCUGUGGCACCCUGGUGCGGCAGCUUCGUCUAUCAUCUGUUCAUGAACAUUGAGAAAGGAGAGAACGUGUAUUAUACGUUGCUAAAGCUGGACAUGGUCGGCAUCUGGGUGAGCCAGAGUUUCGGUGCCUUGCCCCUGGUUACGGCCACAACGUUGUGCUUCAAUCCAUUUCUCAAGUGGCUGAUAAUCGUCUCGUACUGUCUGCUCUCGCUCUGGGGCCUCUACAAGGCUUUGACAGCCAGCUCGCCGUGGCAGAGACGUCUGUGCUUUGCGCUCCCCUUCGCGAUGCGUUCGGUGCUGACCUUUUUGCGUAUCCGAGGAAUGGUGGGCGGCAGUCAUAUGGCCCUUUCCCAUGUCUAUCUGCAGGAUGGCGUCUCGAUAUUAGGCGGCGCCAUUGGUGCCAUGCGCAUACCAGAGAAGUGGUUCCCAGGUCUUGUUGACUUCUACCUGAACUCCCACAACAUAAUGCAUGUGCUGGUCGUGGUGGCCGUCUACUCCAUGCAUAAAGCAACUAUAAAGGACUUCGAGUGGAUGUCCACUCAGACAUGCAACUCGCUGGCCAAUGCCACGGAGGAGUCGCUGGUGCAUUUGGAACUAUGACCCGCUUACUGGUUGCUUCUAAUACUGCUGCUAUCAUUACUGCUGUUGCUGAAGCCUCAACCAGAAAGCUCUGCAACAAAUCGGAAAACUCACGCGGCUGAUUCGAUGCAAACCAAGUCAAAUUCAAAUUCAAACUCAAACUCUAAAUCGAAGAUAAAAGCAAUCUGAAAACCAGUCUCAAAUGCAAAAGAUAAAGAUAGUAAACAAGAAAUGCUACUCGAAUAUACCGUGUAUAAAAAUGAGCGCGUGCUGUAACAGUAACAAUAAGUAUAAGUAUACAUAUAUUAGAGUGUAGCAACAACAAAUAGAAAAACAUACAUACAUAUGUACAUAAUAUACAUACACGUAUAUGUAUAAUUAGUACAUACUUCGACUGUGGUAUUUAGCAUUAAGUUAAUACGAAGAAAGCAUUCAAAUGAAUUACGCGCACUUAAGUACAGUGCUCUUUCGGUAUAAAGUUCUACGAAAUGGAGUAUAUGCGAUUUCCAUGCAACAUGCAACAAAAUCUGAGUACUAUAUAUGUAUAUGUAUGUAUAAACGAUAAUUUGAAUGAUGUUGAUACUUAUGUACCUCAUUAUGCUUACAAAAAAGAAAAGUUCUAAUUUUCAAAUAUAACUUUGUACCUCGUCGACUAUAAAAAACGAAAAGAAAUUAAGCAAUAAGAGAUCUUACAUUUAAUCUUACAAUUCUUCCUAGUUGAACUGUUAAGAUAUGUUAUUUGUUUACUUUCGCAAGCUUAGUAAGUAAUAGAGAAUAAUUUGUGGGAGAACAGAAAAUAUGAAACAAAAAACAACUACUGAAAACUCAACCACUAAUGUGUGUGUUUUGUACCAUUAGUUAGAUUGUAACAUUUGGACAAGUGUGAACAAAGAUCUUCAAGCUAUAUCGUUGCUGAUUCGAAUUAUUAAAACUUCCUAGGACUAAAUUUUACCAUAUUAUCUAGCAAACUAAAAAAACGAAAUUCUCCACAAAUUAUAUUUGAUCAAUUUCUCUCUAGGUUUUAAGGAGCAAAUGCUACUACAUACAUACAUGAAGAAAUUGCAAUACGGCAAAGUAUUUUAAUUCAACAGAACGGAACAAUUACAAAAUAAUUAGUUAUUAGUAGUUUCAAUAAUUUACACCAUGCCUAUGGAGAAGAGAAAGCAUAUGAAAUAAUAAUAUUAAUCAAUGAAACCAAAGCUAACAGAAUUACACAAACAAGAGCAAUAAAUUAUGUAUAAUAGAUGCUUGUAACAAGUUGUAACUAUAUUGUAAGAAGCAAUUAGAGAAAUAGUGUUAUAUACUUAUAUGAUUUUCAGAGAAAGUUAAUAAACAUUAAACACAUUUGAAGGUCUUUAAAAUUUG